GUAAAAGUGAAUAUCUGAGUUACACUCAGGUCCAGUUUUAUAUCUCACACAGUGACACAGACACAGACAGUCGGAGCAGCAGGUACAGGUACAUUUACAGGUACAGGUGCAUUUACAGGUACAGGUACAGCACCAAGGCUCAAGCAAAAGAAACGUGACAGAGUUACAGCAGCAGCACAUUACAAGGCAGAUCACAGAACCUGCAUCAUGAGCUGGCUUCCUAAGGCAUUGGGUAUAAAAUCUAAGAAACCGACCUUGAGCCCAAAGCCUGUAUUUGAUCAGCCAUGGCGGUCAGUGACAUGGAGGGAGAGUGAUAAAAAAGAGAUGUUGAGAAAACUGAAAGAAUUCCAGCCAGGAACUGCAGAAGUCCGAGAGCUGAAGAUUCUACUUCACGGCCCGGUCGGAGCAGGAAAGUCCAGCUUUAUUAAUUCAGUCAACACCGUCCUCCAGGGAUACAACACCACCACUGCACUGGCUAAUUCAGCAGCUGGGAAAAGCUUCACUAAAGAGUUUAAAAAUCACAGGCUGAAGAAAGACGGGCCUGGAUCUUUCUAUCCGUUUGUCUUUCUUGAUAUCAUGGGUGUGGAAUCUGAGGCAUCAUCAGGAGUGCACAGUGAAGAUAUCAUCAAAAUAUUACAUGGUCAUGUAAAAAGCAACUACACUUUCAAUCCUUUUAAAUCAAUCUCUAAAGAUGACCCAAGGUUCCUCAUUAAAACCAGUCUGAAGGACAAAGUGCACUGUCUGGUGAGUGUCGUACCAGGGGACAGAAUCUCCCUCAUCACUGACGACGUCAUCGAGAAGAUGAGAGCUGUUCGGGAGAGAGCUCGUGAGUUAGGGAUUCCUCAGGUCAUCAUUAUGUCACAUGUUGACAGAGCAUGUGUGCUAGUUAAAGAGAACCUGAGUGGGAUCUACACCAGCAGAAAAAUUAAAGAGAAGAUGGAAGAGUGCAGUCAUAAACUCGGAGUCCCAAUGAACUGCAUCUUUCCUGUGCAGAACUACUAUGAGCAGGUCUCCAACGACUUGAACAUGGAUCUUCUGAUUCUCAUGGCUAUGACUGAUAUCAUCAGAUUUGCCAAUGACUAUGUUGAAGACCAGGUUUAUAACAGCAAUCAGUACGUUGAAGACCAGCCUUACAAUGAAUAAUUUCCCCUAUGUGUCUUGUUCACUUUCCAACAGAGUAGCAAUGUGGAACUUAAUAGUUUUAGUUAUAGUUUAAUAAGACAGGAAGGUGGUAGAAACAUUACAACAGCAGGUUUCAUCUUUUAACUUAACACUAAUAGUAAUAAUCUUAUAUUAACACUUAAUAAUAAUCUUUUUACAUUUUCUCUUUGCUUUUUGUAUUCUAGGGUUAAUUAGGAUUAUUAAUUAUUAGGGACAGUAAUCUGGAGUCAGCUUUACUCUAAUAAUCAUGAACUUUUUCAGACAUUAUGUGUCUUUACAUACAUUGACUUGGGACGUAAUUAGAGGUGGAUUUUUGACGGAGUUUUGGGGCUCACGUUACACAUCACUAGAACAUUCCUUAGUGCACUUUUCAGAACUGAAGAGAAUUUUAAACCUAAAUCUGUCAGUAGUUCACAGCUUCCACUCAGUGACUCUAUGCUGUAUAUGGGGUGAGCUGUAUGACAAUUAAAGCUUUUUGACUUGACUCUAACUAAACUGAAGCCAAAAUACGAGGCCCUCUAGUGGCUGACUGCAGUACAAUAUUUUACCCCUGCAUAUUACCACACUAGUCAACAGGAUUUGAACUUAAGUUGGCUAUCAAAUCUCCCCUAGUAGAUUUCACUAUGAGAAAUGGAUUCAUUUUGGAAAGUCAAACCUCAUAAACAUGAAUGAAAUGAUGGAUAACGACAGCUAGCACCGGGCGAGCCCUGUUUAUUCAGUGUGUGUCCCUGCUUCUGUUUGUAAUCAUUGUUAAGUUUAGUGUAAAAAUUAUUCUGUAUAUUUACUGCCCUUUUUCUGAUCAGUACACGACAUAAAAUAAAAAAAAUAAAAAAUAAAAACACA